CUCAGUUAGUUCCGAGCUUUGAGUCUAUGUUGUGUUAUUAAACACUUUUUGGAUAUAGAAAUGUACCAAAAUUGCUACCGGUUUUUAUUAUAAUUGACUUCGAUAUACGUUGGUGUCAGUGAGUUGUUUAAUUUUUUUGAACGAUUUAGUAAAAAAGUUAAAAUGCCACUCUUUGGUAAAAAAGAUGUUGCGAAAAGGUCAAAAAAAGAUGCCAAGGAUUAUGAAAAAGAUAAGUCUCAAACUUUAGAAGAAAAAUAUAGCCUUAAAGAACUUCUUGGAACGGGAGCCUUUUCUGAAGUACGAUUGGCUGAAAGAAAGGAUGUUCCCAGUGAAAUGUAUGCCGUUAAAAUCAUUGAUAAAAAAGCUUUGAAGGGAAAGGAAGAUUCCUUGGAAAAUGAAAUAAAAGUUCUAAGAAGGUUGACUCAUCCUAAUAUUGUCCAAUUGUUGGAAACUUACGAAGAUAAACAAAAAGUUUACCUGAUUAUGGAAUUAGUAACUGGUGGAGAACUUUUUGAUAGAAUUGUUGAGAAAGGUUCAUAUACUGAAAAAGAUGCUUCUGAUCUUAUAAGACAAGUUCUGGAAGCUGUUAAUUAUAUGCAUGAACAAGGUGUUGUGCACAGGGACUUGAAGCCUGAAAAUCUUCUUUACUAUAGUCCUGAAGAAGAUAGUAAAAUCAUGAUCAGUGAUUUUGGCUUAUCAAAAAUGGAAGAUUCUGGGAUUAUGGCUACAGCUUGUGGAACCCCCGGCUAUGUAGCUCCUGAGGUCCUAGCCCAAAAACCUUAUGGAAAAGCUGUAGAUGUAUGGAGUAUUGGUGUUAUUUCAUAUAUUUUACUUUGUGGAUAUCCUCCAUUUUAUGACGAGAACGACGCUAAUUUAUUUGCACAAAUUCUAAAAGGAGAAUUUGAAUUUGAUUCACCCUACUGGGAUGACAUAAGUGACUUCGCAAAAGAUUUUAUUCGACAAUUGAUGUGCGUAGAUGUGAAGAAGAGGUAUACUUGUAGGCAGGCUCUACAGCAUCCCUGGAUUUCUGGAAAUGCUGCAAGCAAUAAAAAUAUUCAUGGAACUGUUUCCGAACAGCUGAAGAAAAAUUUUGCUGCCAAAUCAAAAUGGAAACAAGCUUAUCAUGCAGCCACUGUUAUUCGUCAGAUGCAGCGUAUGGCUCUUGGAAAUGCUGCUGGAUCAAAUUUUUCCAACCAAUCAGUUAACGGGGUUGUACAGUAAAUUUUCAGUUUUUAAAAUUAUAUCUGUUGUUAUGGAAGAGUAUGUGUUAAUCAGUGUUUUAAUAUUGAUACAUAUCGUUUAUAUAAAAAGUAUCUAAUGAACCCUUAAUUUAAUUAAUUAUUUUUCUUCUAUUCAUGUUUGGGAUUUAAUGAAAUAUGUCUUUUCUUAAUAUUUUAUUUUAUAUUUAAAUUUUAUACUUUAAAAACAUUUAAACUAAUUGUCUAUCAUGCAUUUUAGGGAAUUAUAUGCAUUCCACAAAACAUUUCGUAACAUAUAAAAGGCAAUGUUUAAAUUACUUUGAAACUAUUGUGCCAAAUCGGUACAGUAAAAAUUGGGCCUAGUGCAAUGAAAUUUAGUAAUGUAAAAAUAUAACAAAAACAAAUUAAUUACUUUUAUCACAUCCUAAACUUUGAAGGCUGUGUAUAAAAUGAGUCUCAAGUGGAACUAUCCUACUAAGUGUGAUUCCAUUUAGUUCCACAAGCUUUAUUAACAAAUUUCAAGUAAAAAGUGUGGUUAUAAGUGCUUAAUUGUCUUCUUUAGUCUAUUGAAGUAUCACCGUUAUUGCUAAAUGUUUUUCUAUAUAUUUAUGAAUAAAUUUAAUUUUGUAUAAUAUUAAUUACUAAUUUCAAGUGUAAAAUUUUUGAUAGUUUGAAUUAUUCAACUAGUAGAAUCAUUAGAUUUUAUAUUUAUUAAAGGUUUAACAAUUGAGAACACUGCAUGUGUAUAUGAAUGUGUUUGUAUGUAUGUAUAUAUGUUAGUCUCUGUCUAUAUAUAUAUAUAUCCUCGCAUACAUAUAUGUUUUGUUUAAACACGCAUGUAUGAGUCGGUACUAUUAUGUACAGAUGUGUAUGUAUAUAUACCCUGGAUCUUUUAUUUAACAGAUAAUCAUGGAAACCAGAAGUUGUUUGCUAAGAAAAAGUAUCUGCUAACAUAAAGUCUAAAAAUUCCGAAUAUUAUUUUGGAAAAACAUUUGAAUAUGUAAGAGUAAGUAAAUAUAUAUAAUGUUGUAGAACUUUUUCUUGUCCAAGCAAACACAGUUUUCUUUCCUUCUAAUUUUGUUUUCCAUAUAAGAGAACUUUGAGUGAAGAAACCACUGAAAGAAAGUCCUGAAAUAUUAACUUGGCUUUUAGUUAAUUGAUUCGAAUGUUAAAUCAAGCAAUUUAUACUGUUUCAAAGUGAAAGCAAUUCAACAAAGUGCUGGUCAGAAUGAAAGUGGAGAAUGACAAAUAAGUAAAUGACAACUAUAAUUACAGCAUGUGGGAAAAAUUCAUAGAAUCCAUGAUGGAUAAUGGUGUGGAAAUGAUUGGCCCCUGUUAUAAUUUGAGAAGAUGUUUGGUUGGGGGUGCAGUCGAUAUAUAAUACUAUUAUAUGAUAUAGUAUUUUAUAAUGACUGCACCCCCGACCAACUUCUUCUCAAAUCAGUAAUUGAAAUUAAAGAUGUCCAUUUAGAGAAGUUUCAAGGCAUAUAUAUAUAUAUAUAUAUAUAUAUAUAUAUAUAUAUAUAUAUACAUAUAUAUAUAAUUGUGUCUGUGUGCUCAUGUAUGCGUACAUGCAUGUUUCUGUGUGAUUCAUACCACCCAAAUAAAAAUGUGAGGUUUAGUGUAAAUAAGAUUUUAUUUUUCAAUUAUCAGCAAUUAUUAUAGAUUUUUUUUUUAAUUUCUAAGUGGUAAUUUAUAUAUAUUUAGAAUGUUUCUCUAUUUGGUGGUAGGUAGACUAGUAGAGUUUCUGAUGAUAGAUAUUCCUGUGAUUAAUAAUAUCAGUUUGAUAUAAAUUUGUUUUGUGAUUUCAUUUAGAUAUGGCAUAGUAGUUUUCCACUUGGGGCAAUAUAAUAAGUUGCCAUUAUUUGCAAUAUUUUAUUGUAGUUUUGUUUUCCAGUCUUCUCUGCUCAAGUAGUUUUUCUCAAGUGAAAUUAUAAACUCAAUCUAUAAAUUGAUUAUUAAUUUUAAUUGAAAUGAAAUUUGACUUUUUAAAAAAUAUUAAUAUAUUAAUUUAUCCUGUUGUAUUUUUAUUCCAUAGAAUCUUUUUACUGAAUAUGUAUCUUUUUUAUUGAGCUGCAUUUAUCAAUGGGCUGGGAGGGAGAAAGGAGAUAGAGGGGAGGAAAACAGUUACCAUUAUGGUCCAUUUUAAAAUUCAUAUCUUGAAAUAUUAAAAUAUUUAUGUAUUCAUACAACACAAAUUUUAGUGAAUAAUAAAAGACAUUUUAAUCUUAAAUCAUAAUUAAUUGAAAAAUCCUAAGCCAUGCUAAUAUAUUUAUAUUUUUCAUAUACCUGCUCAGUAAUCCUUUCAUCUUAUAAUCUUGCUUAUUUCUAUAAUUAAUAAAUUAAAUUAAAAAAUUGAAUAUUUAAUAGUUGACCGUUGCAUUAUAAAGGGAGAUGGUCCGGGGUGGCGGUCUUAAAUAGUCUAAAUAGUGGUAAGACUAUUUUAUUGAAAGCCGACGUUUCGACCCGACUUAGCAGGUCUUCUUCAGGGAGGUGUGUUCAGCUAGGAGUUUCAC